UCCGUGUGCGCCGCAGCUUUUGGCCGGCUGGGCGCUCGAACCAGUUAGGUUCCUACCUCUGGCACCUGACUUCUUAACCCACGCUCAACUCGCCUUACGCGGCGCUCAGAGCGGGGACAUGAGUGUACCUGUGCCACCGCCUCCGGACGGGGUCCUGAGCGGGACCUCCGACAGCAUGGAGGCCGGCGAGCCCACGCUGGGUUUAAGUGACGCUUCUCCAGAUGAGGGACUGAUAGAGGACUUCGCUGUAGAGGACAAGGCUGUGGAGCAGCUGGUGGGAGGCCUGCUGUCCCACUACUUACCAGAUCUGCAGAGGUCGAAGCAAGCCCUCCAGGAACUCACACAGAACCAAGUUGUGUUACUAGAUACACUGGAACAAGAGAUUUCAAAAUUCAAAGAAUGCCACUCCAUGUUGGACAUCAAUGCUUUGUUCACGGAAGCAAAGCACUAUCACGCCAAGCUGGUGAAUAUCAGGAAGGAGAUGCUGAUGCUCCAUGAGAAGACGUCGAAGUUAAAAAAGAGAGCACUUAAGCUGCAGCAGAAGAGGCAGAAAGAAGAGCUGGAAAGGGAGCAGCAGAGGGAAAAGGAAUUUGAAAGGGAAAAGCAGCUGACAGCCAAGCCAGCCAAGAGGACAUGAGAAGCCGAGUGCGGUGUCUGCUGCCUGUCCUACCUCUGGCUCUCCAGUGCUGGGCACCGAGAGGACGCGGAUGGAACCUUCUGCCAGGGCAUGUUUGAAAUCCUUGCCAGGGUUGCUGUGUCUCUGUGACUUCAUUUCUCUUCACUCAAGAAGCCUUGUUUUUGAUAUUUACCUUUUCAACUUUUGCUUAAUUUUAACAUUAUUUUGAUUGUAAAUCAUUUGUAAACUGAAAAACACUUUGGUUAUUACAAGAGUCUGGAUACUAGUUCAAAAUGAGUACAAGUGUUUGAGCUUCUUGAGAAUCGAUUUUAAAGUUUCAGUUUCUCUUCUUAUGAUGACAGGCCGUUCCUGCGCUGUGACACUGAUUUUGGGCAAUUGCUUUUCAUUGCUUAAAGAGAAAGUCCAGUUGUCUAAUCACAAGUCUCCCAGGAAGAAAACCACCAAGCCUUUGUGAAGAACACAGGAAGUGUGUGUACACUGGAAAUACCAGCACCUUAGAUAUGGGAUAGGGGAGGGGAUGCCAGACAGAUUCUUCCAGCCAUUCUCUGUUUUUCAGUGUUGGUGCUUAUGUAGAUACUGGGUUCUAAGCAGGAUUCCGUCCAUUCCUAAAGCUGUGCAGUGGUGGUGGACCUGCCAGAUGCUCUGAUGCGCAUGUCUGUGCUUUUUGUUUUUUUUCUCAGAUGGGGUCUCUACAAAAGCCCUGGCUGUCCUGGACUCACUCUGUAGACCAGGCUGGCAUCAGACUCACAGACAUCCACUUGCCUUUUAUUCCCAAGUGCUGGGAUUAAAGGCGUGUGCCACCAUGUCUGGCUCAGCGCUUUUUAAAGUAGAUCAAAAUCUGCUGUUACUCACGUCUUGUGUAAUUACAGGGUGGGUGGAAUGUUGAUAAGUAGUAUACAGGAGAGGUAGCAGAGUACCUUUAGUUAUAGUCUCGAUGUUAUAUGUGGGAACUUACUCUGUAGGGCAAAUGAAGUUUCAUUGUUAGACAUCAAUAGUAUGCUUUCCCAUUUUAGUGUUUCAUACACAGCUGGGUUCUAACCCUACUGUGUGUGAGCUGGGCUCUACCCCUACUGUAUGUGAGCUGGGUUCUAACCCUACUGUGUGUGAGCUGAGCUCUACCCCUACUGUAUGUGAGCUGAGCUCUAACCCUACUGUGUGUGAGCAGCGCAGAACUACAAAGGUGUCUGAGUAGAAUGUGCGUCUUUAUUCUCCAUGUUACACCUUUAGUAAGCUGGAAUCACUACCUCUGAUCACAUACUGGGCAAACGAUAAAGAGAUCAUUAAAGAUGAAUGAUGCUAAAAACAGUUUAAAGGCUUAACUACUUCUUUGAAAGACCUUUUCCUUCCUUAAGGAAUGAAUUGUGGUUGGAUAAGUCACUGCUCUCGACCUUCUGUUUAAGAAUACAAAGUGUCUGUUUGAAAGGCUGUUACCUUUAGUCACUUGCUGUCACUCCCAGAGCAGAGGUCACUGGGACUUGCAGGGCAAUGUCAUUCAAUUACAGAAUAUCCUGUUGUAAUAAGAUACCUGACAUCUGACAAAGGCUGUAGGUUGUUUUUCAUGGUGAUUUUAGACUGAUGGUGCUGGUUGUUUAAAAUGCUGUCCCUGGGCACUUCCCUCAGUCUGUUGAAGUGAAUCUGUUCUGUAUUUGAUUUGCUUAAAGUUUCGCCCAGUGAUUCUGGUGUGCCUUACAGGAUGAGAUGAUCCCAGGUCUAGUCGCUACUGGCAAGGUUCCCCACACUAAGGCACGUCUCCUUUUCACCUGGGAGCUUGAGAAAAUACCGACAUCCUCAGCUCUUACUAGUUCUGACGUGGAGCCCAUAGAAGUUUCAGAGUGCUAACGACAAUUCUGAUGCAAGGAAAUGGCGGUGUAGGUGGUUCAGUGACUUACAUGAAUAAGCAGUGGAAUAGUUUCAAAGCUACCCAGUAAACUGUGGAAUUAAUCUUAAGGAAUAAGUUAUUCACUAUUGCUUUUGAUAUAGAGUCAGAUUUAAAACUGAACCUUAGCUGGUGGGAAAUUGAAAGAGUCCUGGUUAAUUAAUUGAACUUUUUGACCUGUAUUAAAAUAAAUCGUGUUUGAGUGAAUGGCAAGGCACACGUGUCUUCAGAAUUAUAUUAAGUUUUAAAGACUUUUUAAAAUACCA